UUAAAAUAUAACAUGUUUGAAGACAAAAGUGAUACAAAAAAACAUUUAAAUGAUGAUAACGAGGAAGAAGAAACAGUUGAAAACAAAAAGAAAAAAAAUUUAAAAGAUAACAGUAUUGAGAAGACUACUAAUGAUUGCAAAAAUGAUCCAUCAAAUUCCGAAGAAUUUAUGUUGAAAUUUUACCGGAGAACUACAAAUUCCGUGAUUAUCUUUUCACUUUUUAGUAUUUGCGUAGUAUUAAUAGCCAUUAUUUUCUAUAAGCCAACAGUGAUUCCUCCAAAUCAUUAUUAUGUAACUCCUGAAACGUUUCAACUUAAGAUAGAUAAAAUGAAUGAAAGGUUUUCAAAUCAAGAUGACAUAUUUUGGUUAAAGAUUAAAAAGCUUGGAUUUAGACACUUAAAAAGAGUGUUUAAAAAUGAUUCAAAUGAACAACAGCCAUUUACAAUGCUAAUAGCUGGUUAUGAUGGAACAAAUUUGACAAUGAAAUGCUUUUUAAAAGAUUUGGGAUUGGCUUUUACAGAUAAAAAUUAUAAUACUUUAAUUUCUGAAGGAACCAGCAAAGAAAGUUUAGAUAAACAGAUUCAGGAAAGUUUAAAUUCUCUUCAGAAGUAUGUUGUUGUGACAAAUAUUGAACAGAUGACUUUAGAAACAGCAAGCAUAUUCAUGAACUAUGCUGAUGAACACAUUAUUAGUUCUCAAAUAAGUUUUCCAAAAUCUACUAUUAUUAUGACAGCUGAGAUGCCAUUUUCUUUUCCUGAAAACAAUGCAAAUUAUAACAGAAUAAAAGAAGAGGAGAAAGUCAUGAAAUAUUUUGUUAAUGAGAUCUGGGGCCAUGAUAAAAAUAAAGCUUCACCAUUAUGGUCUCGAAUCGGAAAUGUUGUGGUUUUAUUAAAACCUGAAAAUUGGGCAGACAAACAGUGCAGUUAAACAAUUUUUUACAUGAU